GGGGGUUUUUGGCGGGAUUUCAUCGAGUGCGGUUGGCGUCUUAUUUUAAUUAUUCUUAAAUUCGUUCAUAGUGGAUAUUGUGAAAUAAAAUUGGUGUGGUUUUGUGUAACAACUGUCUGCGUAACUGAAGAAAUAGUGGAAUCAUUAAAAUAUACGCUAUUCCGGUCAAGUGGACGUGAGAAUUUUACUGUAGUAUUGACUACCUCACAGAAGCUUAUCGAAAAAGCCAACUCGAUACAUUUCGUGCCAAACACUCCAAGAAACAUUAGAAUGCGUCACACCGACAUUCUAAUGUAAAAACAAAAAGAAGAUAAAUUUAAUUAAACACUAGGCUGUAUGGGCAUUGUUCCCCUUGCCUUCCCUAAAACGGGAGAACUUCAACAAAAAAAAAGUGCUACAAGAAACGAAAUUCUAGUCGCACUUUAAAUAAAAUUGAAAAUUAGUAAAUCAAGUUUAAAAAAAGGAAGUGCGGCUUAAACUUAAACAUGUCGUGGAUUAAAGAAGAUGCUGUAUCAUUUUUUCAACUAUUUUGCAUUAAAAUUAUAAAAACUGGACGCAUACCUCAACACAUAGCUUUUAUCAUGGAUGGAAAUCGGCGUUAUGCAAAAAAACACCAUGAAAACACUGCAGCAGGGCAUUCUAAAGGAUUUGAUAAACUUUCUGAAACCCUUAAGUGGUGCCUUGAUCUUGGAAUUCCAGAAGUGACGGUGUAUGCUUUCAGUAUAGAAAACUUUAAAAGAAGUGAAGAGGAAGUGAAUGCUCUUAUGGAUUUGGCACGAGAAAAGUUUCAGAGACUGCUUGAUGAAAUGUACAUUAAAUCAGUUUGGUGGACAGUUUUAACAAAUCUUUUUUAGUUUUUAAUUAACACUGAUGUUGAUUCUGACAUGAUUCUUGAAACCUAAACUUUAAUUUGACAACACUGUGUCCUUGUCAUUCUCUAUACAGAAUGAAAAGGAGACUGGUGUUAAAUUUAAAGAAGCAUGCCAGAAUUGACACCACUGUUAAUUUUCAGAGAUACAAUAAAUGAAUGGGGAGUUCGUAUCUAUGUAGCAGGCCGUUUAUCAUUGUUACCAGAAGAUUUACAAAAAAUGGUCUCUCAAGCGAUGUUGGCUACUAGACACAACAAUAAAUUGCGACUUAAUAUUGCUUAUGCUUAUACAGGAAGAGAUGAAAUCAGCCGAGCCGUUUCACACAUAAUAGAUGGUGUUAAGAAUAAGGAACUAAUGGCAGAGGACAUUGAUACGGAACUUGUGUCACAGUCAUUGGAUAUAGGCGAACCAGAGUUACUUGUAAGAACAUCAGGAGAAAUAAGAUUAUCAGAUUUCAUGCUUUGGCAGAUCAGCUUCUUCCCGUUCUCUGUCUGGUAA